AUGACUUCAUUGCCCUGCACGCUCGCGACGUGCGACGUCUCCGAUAGUCCUUACGGCUACCGCCCCGCGCUGUCAGCCAGCGCCGUCUUCGCUACCGUCUCGGCGCUCAGCCUAGUCAUCAACGGCGCCGUAGCCGCGCGAUCAACGCAACGACAUGCCUUCACACCCUUCUCCGUCAUCGUAACCCUCGCCUGCGUGCUGGAGUUGCUGGGUUGGGUCGACCGUGUGGCCGGCUGGAGCGAUCCCUGGGCCGUGUACCCUUUUCUGCAGAGCAAGGCCCUGCUUACGAUAGCCCCCAUCUUCGUCACCUCAAGUAUCUAUGUUUGCCUCGCACCGAUGGUCCGGAUACUAGGCACAGAACACUCCUUCAUGAAGCCCGAGCUCUACUCCACCAUCCUCCUCCCGCUAGACGGCCUCGCCCUUCUCCUCCAACUCGUCGGCCUCGGCGUGGGCUUCCAACACGUGCCAUACACCCUCGCGUCUCACGAUUCCUUCGCCCCGAACGACGUGGGCGCGAAAAUCGUCCUGGCGGGCCUGGCCGUCCAGCUCGCAACCCUGGUCGCCGCGGGCUUGUCCCUCGCCCUCAUUCUCCUCCGCGCAGCCCGCUCCUACCGGCAAUACGGCUACACGACCUUCCACCGUGACGUCGGCUACGUGCCCUUGACCGGCCGCUUCCGCAUCUUCGCCGGUGCGGUGCCCUCGGCCAUGAUCGUCUUGUUCGGCAGAAUGUGUUUCAGGGUCGCCGAGUACGCUGAGGGCUUUCGGGGGCCCCUUGCGAGGGGCGGCGGAGAGGGACUGUUCCUCGGGCUCGAGGGAUUCCUUGUCGGGUAUGCGGUUUUGGCGAUCGUCGGGUGUCACCCGGCGUUAUUCUUGAAGGAUGGGAAGAUGGUCUCGAGGAUCGAGUCGGAGCCGUUUGUCGGUAUUGAUAUUGUUGGGAGUGCUGGUCAUGUUGGUCAUGAGAGAGAUCUGGAGGCGCUUAGCAAAGUGUACCAGAGGCACUAUGAGGAGGAGCAGAGGUUGUCGAGAUUUGAGCGUGUUUAA